AUGCUACUCAAAUUGGUGCUCACGUUUGCGGUGCUUGGAUUUUUGGCUGAAGCAACUCCACACAAACAUUUGCAUCGAGGGAGAAAGGGAAAACCGCUUGAUAUGUUUGGCAACGAGGCGUCGAUUCACGCAGUGUUGGUGGCCGGAUCGAAUGGAUGGUUUAAUUAUAGGCAUCAGGCGGAUGUAGCGCACGCAUAUCACACUUUGAUCGCUCACGGUGUGCCCCGAGAGAAUAUCAUCACGAUGAUGUACGAUGACAUUGCGAACAAUGAAGCCAAUCGGAAAUACAAGGGGAAACUCUUCAACAAGCCGCAUGGACCAGAUGUAUAUCAGAACAUUUCAAUCGAUUACAAGGGAGAAGCGGUGACACCGCAGAAUUUUGUCGCCGUUCUUCUUGGCGCUUCGGCUAGUACGAAUGGAGGAAGUGGAAGAGUGCUCAAGAGUGACUCCAACGACAAUGUUUUCAUUUAUUUCACCGAUCAUGGAGCCACUGGGUUGAUCUCGUUCCCUGAAGCGACGAUGACCGCUCAAACACUGAACAAUGCUUUGAAGAGAAUGAAUCAAAAGCGGAAAUAUGGAAAAUUGGUCUUUUACUUGGAGGCUUGCGAGAGUGGAAGCAUGUUUGAGAAUAUUCUCCCAACCGAUCUCAAUAUCUAUGCUAUCACUGCCUCAAAUGGUCACGAGUCAUCGUGGGGAUAUUAUUGUGACACGGAUAUGGGAUUGCCGUGUUUGGGGGAUCUUUUCUCGAUCGCCUGGAUGGAGGACUCGGACGUGGAAGAUCUGACCGGGGAAACCCUCGAGAAACAAUUCGAAUUGGUGAAGAAAAGAACAGACAAAAGUCACGUUCAACAUUUCGGAGAUCUCUCAAUUGCCCAAGAACCAGUCUCCGAUUUCCAGGGUUCAAAGAAAGUAUACACUGUUGGAUUCGAGAAUCGCGAGGUGAAUCCAAGAGAUGCCUGGCCUUCACGGGAUAUUCAAUUGAAUUACUUGAAGAGAGAAUUAGAAAAUGCGAAUGAAGCUGGUGAGGAGAGGGAACUCCAGCGGCAAAUCAAUGCCAUUUAUGCGAGUCGCAAACAGAUGAAAACGUUGUUCACACGACUCGUCGACGAGCUUGUUGAGGGUGAUUUCGAAGAAAGAAGGGACAUUUUGAAGACACACAGAAAACUCACUCAAUUCAAAUGCCACAAUGCGGUCGUUCGCGGCUUCGAGAACGUUUGCAUGAAGUUGGCCUCGAAUGAGGACGCUCUUCGGUGGGUGUAUGUGUUAGCGAAUUUGUGCGAGGAAUUCGAGGAUCCCGAGAAGAUCAUUGACGGAAUCGCCGCCUUAACGAUGAUCGAGAUGGUGUUACCCGUUUUCUUCGCCUCUUUCAUCCCAGCGUUGCUCCUGUGCGGCAAGAAGAAAGCGGCUCAACAAAACUUGCAAGCACAAACAAGGUUCGACGCUACAAAUUCAUCUUUGGACCCUUUAAAACAACGAACGAGUCGACGAAUCGCGGAAGCGUCGGUUUCACAGCCGUGUCAAGCCCGAGAAACAUUCCAGCCACCGCCCGUCCAGUCCACACCGUUACAGGAAUCCAUUCAACAACAGCUCCUACAACAACCAUCACCACAAAAAGCAUCGAGUCAUGAGAAUAAGACGGGCUCGAAAGUCUCUCUUGCGCAACGAGCACCUCAGAACAGCCACCACUCAGUACUGAAGCCAAAGGCGCAAGUGCCCGAACGAGUGCCCGUCAAAAGAAAGGCCGCCAAUGCGUCGGAGGUUGAACGACUCGGGCCUAUUUCAGCGCGAGACGACGAGAAGACAUUGGAGGAGGGCGAUCCCGAUCGAGUUUUCCCACUCGCCUACGUCCUCAAGGAUUUCAAACUCCGCUCAAAGGAGCGAACAACAGACCAAUCGAAAAAGCUGGUCGGUAUUGAGGAGAAAAUGAAAACAACGCGAGAGAGGCACAAGUCACCGGGAUUCAAACCCGAUCGCACCCAAUCGAACAGUGAUAAGGAGCCGUACGAAGAGAGAGUGACUCGCGGU